UUCUGUUCCCUUCUGUGGUUCAGGAACAUUUUGCUCCCGCAGGUUACAUUAAAAUCCCUACUCUUCUGAGACCAAAGUUGGAAGAGAUUAAAGAUGAGAUGCAAAAUAAGGGUAUGGCACUAACGGCAGUUCUUGGUGAUAAAAAAAGAAUUCAAGAAUUAAUGUGGGAUUUAUGCAGCUACUUUAGUCGAGAUACAUUUGGAAGGUGCAUCCUUCUUAUUCACUGGCCCAUGAAGGAGGACCCUCAGUUUCUGCUAUCUUCUGUAUCACCACUUGCCUCUGUAAAUGAAACUUCUGAUUUGAUUGGUCUAGUUCCUGGAUAUACGGACAUACUUGGUAGUGUGUUCAUCGAGCCUGAUGGAUCUUCGUGGUAUCCCAUGUCAAAAGAAGUUAAUGAGGCUGUAAGGGAGAGCAUUAUGAGACUUUUUACAUAUCCUUGGCACGAGUGGUCGGACAUUCCAAUAGUUUCUAAAUAAGCGAUGUUUGAAGUUUUCAAGAUUUUAUCGCUGCCAUGUAUAACGGUCAUUGGUGGAAGUCCCAUCUGAAUUCCUUUUACAUGAAAGAACGUGGAUCAUCACAUGAAUUAGUACUGGCCCAGUGUGCACCUUAAAAGAAUUUACGCAGAAGUGAGUCAGUGAUCGAUUUUCCAAAAUAAUGAUCCUGAAGAAGCCAAUGUUGUUAUCUGCUCUUUUACGUUGAUUGUUGUUCAUUAGAUCGUUGCCGUGCUUUAGAAUAAAGCUCAAGUGUAUCUGCAUGGUUAGAGUCAAGACACAGGGCGGCUUCACAAUCUCGGAUGGUAGAUGUGGGCUCACUCAUCGAGUCAUGAAAAGCUGCUCGAAGAUGGAGCAGGUGUAUGUCGGGCUUGAAAGCUAUGACUUUUGUUAGCUCCGAAAUGGCCUCAGAUUCCUUAUGGUCAUCCAUUAGAACUGAAAAUUCAUUACAAUCUUCUGAUAUUAGUUCUCUAGUGUAUAUCUUGCAUCUUCAUA